UCCCACUGCGGGCGGCAGGCGCCGGCAGCCCGGCCCGGCAGAGAACAGCCCCAUGGCCACAGGGACCGAGAAGGGUGUGGAGCACGUCCCCUCCCUCAUCCAGGCGGCCCGCGGCCCCGCUGCCUGCUACCGGGAGCUGAGCCGCUUCCCUGCCGUCACCCGUGCCGCCCUCAGGGCCGCGGCUGGGGGCCAGACCUUCCUGCUCUACACCGAGUGCAGCCGGCCCGACCCGGCCCGCCGGCGGCUCCUGCGCUUCGGCCGCCACUACAGCCUGCGGCGCACAGCCGGCCGCGAGGGCCUCGCCGUCAGCCGUACCGCGCUCAGCGCCGAGAUCCACAGCCAGCUCCUCAGCCAGGACUCGCCCACGGGCCAGCGCCGCGCCGCGCUCAAACGCUGCCCGCGGCAGGGCCACGAGCUGCUGGAGGUGUGGGACAGCGGGGGAUGCAGCCACAGCGUGGAUCUCACGGCGCUGGGGAAGCAUGGGGACGUCUACACGGAGGGGCCCUUUGCCUGCCUGGCCUGGUCACGCUCAGAGACACGGCUCCUCUAUGUGGCUGAGAAGAGCCGGCCCAAACGACAGCCCCCCUGCCCCUGGGAUGUGCCAGGAGCAGCCUGGCCAGCAGCAGAGGAUGAGGAUGAGGAGGGCAAGCAAUUUGUGUACCACGAGGACUGGGGAGAAGCCCUGAGCACACGAAGCAUGCCAGUCCUCUGCGUCCUGGACCUGGAGGGCCUCAGCCUGUCAGUGCUGGAGGGAGUCCCAGAGCACCUCUCCCCUGGCCAGGCCCUGUGGUCCCCGGAUGACCGUGGUGUGGUGUUUGUGGGCUGGUGGCACACGCCCUUCCGCCUGGGACUGAACGCCUGCUCCAACAGGAGGUCAGGGAUUUUCCACUUGGACCUGGCCAGCGGGUGCUGCGAGCUGCUGUCAGCAGAGAAUGGUUCUGUCUGCUCCCCCCGGCUGAGCCCUGAUGGCCAGCGCCUGCUCUACCUGGAGGGGGCUGUGGGGGGGCCCCACCGGCAGUGUCUGCGCCUGCGCAUGCUCACCUGGCAGACAAGGCAGACGAUGACAGUGCUUGAUGUGGUUCAGGAGCCCACGGAGGCCUUUGCUGGGCUCUACGCAGAGGCACUGCCACCGCGGUGCUGGGCAGCUGACAGCCGGCGAGCCGUGCUGGGCACCCCUCAGCGGAGCCGCACGGACCUGCUGCUCGUGGAUACGGAGGCGUGCACCGUCACCAACCUCACCGCAGGGUCAUCUGAAGGGUGCUGGGAGCUGCUCUCUCUCCAGUGGGACCUGCUGGUGGCCACCUGCUCAGCCCCCCACCACCCUCCUAGCCUGGUGGUGGCCGUGCUGCCGCCAGCAGGCCAGGAGUUGACCCUUGUCUGGGUGCCAGUGGAGGACACCCCAACCGUGCCUGGUGUCACCUGGAAGACCCUGACGGUCCAGCCACCCUGCAGUGGGCAGAGCCCCGCUGCACAGGAUACUCAGGCUUUUGAGGCCCUGCUGCUGAGUCCCUCAGAUGGCACACCACCGCACCCCCUCGUUGUGUGCCCCCAUGGUGAGUGCGGGGACAGUGGGGACACCCUGGCAGUGCUGGUGGCACCCCAGGUGAUGCCCAUGCUGGCCCCAGGUGGCCCCCACGCUGUCUUCGACGCCCGCUGGCGUCCGAGCAUGGCUGCACUGUGCCGGCUGGGCUUCGCCGUGCUCCUGGUGAACUAUCGUGGCUCCCUGGGCUUUGGCCAGGCCACCAUCAGCUCCCUGCUUUCCCGUGUGGGUGAGCAGGAUGUGGCAGACACCCAGCUGGCAGUGGAGCAGGCGCUGCACAGAGAGCCCCUGGACCCACACCGCCUGGCCCUGCUGGCUGGCUCCCACGGAGCCUUCAUCGCCCUCCACCUCCUCGCCCGUGAGCCUGAGCGUUACCAAGCCUGUGCCCUGCGCAGCCCCGUCUCCAACCUGCCCGCACUGCUGGGCACCUCUGACAUCCCUGACUGGGCUGCCCUACUCCUUUGAGCGGGUGCCAUGUGCUGAGGAUGUGACCGCCAUGCUACUGCGCUCGCCCAUCGCCCAGGCAGCCCAGGUGCAGACACCCGUGUUGCUGUGCGUGGGUGCCCGGGACCGGCGCGUUAGCCCCACACAGGCACUGGAGCUGUACCGGGUGCUGCGGGCCAGGGGUGUGCCAGCACG